UGUAUCUGACAAGUUUGAUGUCUAUAGGAUUUUAAAAGAAAUUAUAGAAUCCAUUACUAGUGUUUCAUGUGGGAAUCCCUCAAAUUUCGACGUGUUGGCAAGACAAGUGAAAGAAAAACUAAUUGGUAACAAAUACCUGUUAGUAUUGGAUGAUAUAUGGAAUGAAGACGCCGAAGAUUGGGAAAAGCUGAAGGGAGUCCUUGUCCACGGUGUUGAAGGCAGCAAAUUAUUAGUCACUACACGCAGCCAAAAAGUUGCAUCUCUUGUUGGGGGCAAGGUCCACAAUUUACAAAAAUUACCAGAUGAGGUUUGUUGGUUUAUUAUGCAGAAGAAAAGUUCAAUUCCACUUUCUCAAAUUAUGAUGGCUAUUGGGCGAGACAUAGCAAAGAAAUGUGAUGGCUUACCACUUGCAGCAAAUUUUCUUGGAAGUUUAUUAUCCUUAAAAAGAGAUGAAAACUACUGGGUUUCAGUCAACAUCGAUAAGAAUUUGUGGGUUCAGCCGGAAAAUACACGAGUCAUAUCAAUCUUGAAAUUGAGCUAUGAUAAUUUAGCUUCGCCUUUGAAACAAUGUUUUUCGUACUGUUGUUUAUUUCCCAAAGACUGGGAAAUCGAAAGAGAGAUAUUGAUUUCUAUGUGGAUGGCAGAGGGAUUCAUUCAGUCCAAUAUUGAGAUCGUAACGAAUUUGGGAUUAAUGGGAAGGAAGAUGUUUCACAAAUUCGUCGUUUACAACUUGAACAUGACAAAUUAUCGUCAACAACAACUCCCCAAGUGCUGCGUAAGGCAAAGAAUUUGCGAACUAUUGUUGGUCUAAAGAGUUAUUCACCAAUCAAGAGGUUCUCUUCUAUUAAGCGUUUACGCGUAUUAUAUCUGGUCA